CAAAAGGAAAAUUGAAAGGUUGACAGAAAUGCAGCAGGCCCAUGGGCGCACCGCACCACGUAUAUUUCCCAUUUUUACCAUAAAUUUCAUACGAACCUUCUUUUUGCCUCUGCGAACAUCGAAAAGUCGAACGAACUACUCCACACUUGAAUCUCAUUAUUUAUAAGCAUGGCGUCGAAAAGGAGCGUUUCAACAUUGAAGGAGGCAGAUUUGAAAGGAAAGAGAGUAUUUGUGAGGGUAGAUCUCAAUGUUCCUUUGGAUGAUAAUUCUAAUAUCACUGAUGAUACAAGGAUUCGCGCUGCGAUUCCUACUAUUAAGUACUUGACUGGUUAUGGUGCUAAGGUCAUUCUCUGCAGUCAUCUGGGACGUCCAAAAGGUGUCACACCCAAGUACAGUUUGAAGCCUCUUAUCCCAAGGCUUUCUGAGCUACUUGGAAUUGAGGUUAAAAUGGCAAAUGAUUCUAUUGGUGAGGAAGUUGAAAAAUUGGUAGCUGAGUUGCCCGAAGGAGGUGUUGUUCUCCUUGAAAAUGUGAGAUUCUAUAAAGAGGAGGAGAAGAAUGACCCUGAAUUUGCUAAGAAAUUGGCUUCUCUAGCAGACGUUUAUGUGAAUGAUGCAUUCGGUACUGCCCAUAGGGCUCAUGCAUCCACUGAGGGUGUUGCUAAGUAUUUGAAGCCUUCUGUUGCUGGUUUCUUGAUGCAAAAGGAGCUUGACUACCUUGUUGGAGCCGUGGCAAACCCCAAGAAACCUUUUGCAGCCAUUGUUGGUGGUUCUAAGGUGUCAACAAAGAUUGGCGUGAUUGAGUCAUUGCUAGCUAAGGUGGACUAUCUUCUACUUGGAGGAGGAAUGAUAUUCACUUUUUACAAGGCUCAAGGACUCAAAGUUGGAUCCUCUCUCGUGGAGGAAGACAAGCUUGAGCUUGCAAAUUCUCUUAUGGAGAAGGCGAAAGCGAAAGGAGUAUCUUUGCUGCUCCCUACUGAUGUUGUAAUUGCUAAUAAGUUUGCUGCUGAUGCUGACAGCGAGGUUGUACCAGCCUCUGCUAUUCCCGACGGUUGGAUGGGGUUGGACAUUGGACCCGAUUCUAUCAAGACUUUCAGCGAUGCUUUGGAUAAAACCCAAACCGUCAUAUGGAAUGGGCCUAUGGGUGUUUUUGAAUUCGACAAAUUUGCUCUUGGAACAGAGGCAAUAGCCAGGAAGUUGGCUGAGCUUAGUGGAAAGGGUGUCACAACAAUAAUAGGGGGAGGUGACUCGGUUGCUGCCGUGGAGAAGGUUGGCCUUGCAGAUAAGAUGAGCCACAUCUCUACGGGAGGUGGGGCCAGUUUGGAGCUUUUGGAAGGAAAACCACUUCCUGGAGUGUUGGCCCUUGACCAUGCUUAAGUGUUUUUUCACCAACUUAGUAAAUCUGUAAACGACCUGUAGUGAUCUUAGUUCAGGUCUUGAAUAAUGUAAUUUUGAGCAUGUGGGGAUGGACCCGAUCUUUACCUGAAGUCGAUGAGAUACUGGUUUUUUCUUGAGCAAUGCACCUUUGUAGAUUAGUAGGGGGCUGGGAACUGUCAUUAGUGCAGAUCCCAAAUAAUGUGUUUCUUGAGCAUGCGAUUAUUGUAAUAUUGGUUUCUACUGAGUCGUAAUCUUUUAGUUA